AGAAGAAAAGUGUGAGGCUUGUGGUUGGGGAGAAGCAGAAGUGAUGAGAAAACAAACGGCAAGGCUGGGGGAGGCUGCUCGUGCUGCUGCGCUCUGCCGAGAGGCUCGCUGCCGCCGUUCCUGUGGGUGGGCAGGAUUAGAGAGCCGCAAGUGCCCGCCACCCCCCGGGCUGCGGCUGCUUCUUCCUCUGCCUGGACCAUGGAGACUUUAAAUGGCACCAGCCCAAGUGACAACCUGAAGCAGCAGCAGGGCCACCACCACCCCCACGCUGAGAAGAAGAGACUGAACCGAGCCCCUUCCCCGGCCAGACCCUUCCUCAAGGAUCUCCACGGCCGGGCGUCGUCUGCCAAGCCCCCGCCGGUGCCGCCCAAAUCCCCCAGCCUCUCGGGCAAGCCGCAGCAGCCGGGCCCCCCGCCUCAAUCCGCCGGGCUCCUGGCCACCCAGAGCCGCCUCUCCAGGCGCAGCGGCUCCCAGGGCGCAAAGGCAGCGGCACCAGCCGGGACGGGCGGCCGAGCGGGCAGCGCCAAAGCCUCCCUGUGGAGCAAGAAGGCGGCCCGAGGCCAGGAGCAGGGGGGCGGCAAGGCCGGGGCCAGGCAGGCCGGGGGGGAGCCGGGCCACCCGCCCGGCAAAGGCAGGAAGGGGAAGAGAGGCGCCCCCGCGCAGCAGGGGGGGUCCCUGGCUCCGGCCGCUGGGCCCGGGCUGGGCAGCGGCCAUGCGGCCGGGGCGGCUCCGGCCAGGCUCAGCCACACGGACAGCAGCUCCGACCUGUCCGACUGCCCCUCCGAGCCGCUCUCCGACGAGCAGCGACCGGCCCAGGCCGCCAGCAGCGACGCCGAGUCCGGCACCGGCUCCAGCGACCGGGAGCAGCUGCCCGCCCCGGGCCGAGCGGGCACCCCGGUGCCCGGGGCCGGCCACCCGCUGGGCGCCCAGCCUCCCCCGGAGAGCCCCGCCGGCCAAGGGGCGGCGCAGCCGGCUCCGCCCUGCAGCCCGCGGGCCGCCUCGCCGGCCCCCGCGGCGGGCAAAGGCAGCGCGCCCGAGGGAGAAGAGGCGGCCGGGGGCCGAGGCGCGGAGAACGCGCCCGGCAAAGGGGACAUGCGGCUGGGCAGCCGCGCGCCCGCCCCCUGCCGGCCGCCGGCGGCGGCGGAGGAGGAGCAGCUGCGGGAGAUCGAGGAGCUGCGCUCGGAAAACGACUAUCUCAAGGAUGAAUUGGACGAACUUCGAGCUGAAAUGGAGGAGAUGCGUGAUAGUUAUUUAGAGGAAGAUGUUUAUCAGCUGCAGGAACUCCGGAAAGAGCUGGACCGUGCAAAUAAGAACUGCCGCAUCCUGCAGUAUCGUCUCAGGAAAGCAGAACAGAAAAGUUUGAAAGUUGCGCAGACAGGCCAAGUGGACGGAGAGCUCAUUAGAAGUUUGGAGCAAGAUUUAAAGGUAGCCAAAGAUGUAUCUGUCAGACUGCACCAUGAACUGGAGAGUGUGGAGGAGAAACGUGUUAAAGCAGAAGAUGAGAAUGAAAUCCUUCGGCAGCAGAUCAUUGAAGUGGAAAUAUCCAAACAGGCACUACAAAACGAGCUGGACAGGUUGAAAGAGAGCUCAUUGAAGAGAAGAGGCAGCCGAGAAAUGCACAAAGAAAAGAAGACGUUCACACAGGAAGACAGUGCUGACUUGAAGUGCCAGCUUCAGUUUGCCAAAGAAGAAGCAGUGCUGAUGCGUAAGAAAAUGGCCAAGCUGGGGAGGGAGAAAGAUGAACUGGAACAGGAGCUCCAGAAGUACAAGUCCAUCUACGGAGAUGUGGACAGUACGCUCCCUACUGGGGAGGCAGGAGGGCCACCCAGCACCAGAGAGGCUGAGCUGAAACUUCGUCUGAAACUGGUGGAAGAGGAAGCUAACAUACUGGGCCGGAAGAUAGUUGAACUGGAGGUGGAGAACAGAGGUAUUAAAGCUGAGAUGGAGGACAUGAGAUGCCAAUAUGAGAGAGAAUCUCUUAGCCGGGACCACAUUUCAAGUAUUCCUACCUCACCAUACGGUGACUCCAUGGAGUCGGCAAUAGAGUUGCGCCGUCACUUGCAGUUUGUUGAAGAAGAGGCGGAGCUGUUGAGGAGAUCGAUCUCUGAGAUUGAGGAUCACAACAAACAACUAACCAAUGAACUGAACAAAUUCAAGUUCGAGCCCAGUCAGGAGUCCAGUUGGCUGGAUGAUGGUGCCUCUAAAUGCAGUGGAUCCCUCCAAGAGGAGCUGAAAUCAGCGAGGAUGCAAAUCAAUGAACUGAGUGGAAAAGUGAUGAAACUCCAGUAUGAGAAUCGUGUAUUGAUGUCCAAUGUGCAGCGCUAUGAUCUUGUCUCUCAUCUAGGGCUGCGCACUUCAAGUCCCAGGGACAGUGAUGCUGAGAGUGAUGCAGGAAAGAAAGAGAGUGACAGUGAAGAGGGCCGCCCAACACAGCCAAAGAGAGAGGGACCCAUUGGCGGCGAGAGUGACUCGGAAGAAGUUUAUGAAAAGACGUCAGGUUUUGGGAGCGGUAAGCCAUCAGAAGGUAGCGACCUCUGUUCUACUGAGUUAAUGAGAGUGAAAGAGGACACCGAGUCUUUAAUUAACAUCAAACGAGAGGCUGAACGGCUCGAAAGGACUGUGCUCCGUCUCAUCACUGACACUGAUAGUUUAAUUUAUGAUGCGAAGGUGCACAUCACCAGCAGUCCUUCCUCUGAGCAAGGUUUCAAAAGUGAUGGAGAGAGAGGUGAGGAAAAAAAUGAACCAGAACUUCUGGACACUAUCAAUUCAAGGAUGAAAGCUUUCCGUAAAGAACUACAGUCCUUCCUAGAGAAGGUUGAUCACAUCGGGGAAAGCCUCAGAGAACAAAUGGAAGACCUCUCCCCUUUGCCUCACCUGACAGAGUCUUCCAGUUUUCUGUCCACAAUGACAUCCAUGUCUCGAGACUCACCCAUCGGUAACCUUGGAAAGGAGUUAAUUACAGACUUCCAGUCCAAACUGAGGGAUCAGAUGGAGUGGCAGCUCAGCCAAGAUCGUGGAGAGGAGCAAGAGAUUCACCACCACCGAGCCACCACCGAGCCACACCGCAGAGCUGAUGGAGACAUUAAACUCUACAGGCCAGGCGACAAGGGCUGUUUCAGUCUAGAGCUGGAGGAGGAGCAUCUGCAGACCUUGCGGAGGAAAGAUUUGGAAGUGCAGAGCUUGACUUUGCAGAAUAAAUUGGAGGAGAAGACCUGGAGUCAGGAGAAAAGUUUGAUGCAGCAAGAACUCAGGCAUUUCAAGCAGAAUACCUUCCUGCUCUAUGUGAAACUGAAGUGGCUGCUGAAACACUGGCAGCAAGGCAAGCAAUUAGAAGAGGAAGGGGAGGACAUACUGGAGAUUGAGCACCUCGAUGCCCUACCAGAAUUUGGCGUUCAGUCUGAACAAAAGGGAGAUGACCCAGAACGAGAUGAGGAGGAGGAUGACCUUGUGUUUGCACUGACUGAUUAUUCCCAACAUUCCACAACAGAGAGCACUGACCAUGGACCACAGCUGCAGACUGCAGAACUAUUGCAGCAUCAAAAGCAGGCAAGUGAAAACCGGCGGCUCUUAAAUGCUCUGAAAACCUUAUUAGACGACUUCCGUUCUGAGCUCCGGGAUGAUGAACGAGAGCGACAUGGGCUCCAGCAGCAGUAUGCCACGGACAAGGCAGCUUGGGAGGUGGAAUGGACUGAGUUGAAGUGUCGUCUGGAGCAGUUGGAAGAGAAGAAUGAAAAAGCCCAGGGGGAAACUGUGUUGGCCACUGAUUCAAAGGGAGCUUUUAAGAGGGAGAGAGAGGAGCACAAGAAAUUGCUGGCUGACAGUCACAGCUUGGUGAUGGACCUACGAUGGCAACUCCAGCACAGUGAGAAGAAUUGGAACAGGGAAAAGAUGGAGCUUCAGGAUAGAUUGGACAGAGACCGGCGAGAGUGGGAGCGACAAAAGAAGGAAUUGCUGAGGAGGAUAGAACAGCUUCAAAAAGAAGUGAGCACACGAAAAGGAGACAGCGUUCUUUGUGACCAGAAGGAGAGUAACCUUCGUCCACUUUCAACCCAGGGAAACCUUCAUGUGCCUCAUCCAAUGGGGACAAGGUCCUAUUCUGAUUCAGAUGCCAUACAGUUUGACGAUCAGUCGCUGUCGAAGCUGAAGGAAAGUGAUAGAUGCACUGCCACAGAAAACCUCUUUCUUGAUUCACUGUCUCUUGAUUCUCCUGAUGAAUCUGAUGAGCCUCGGCCUCAGAGAUUGGAACGGGAGAAGUUCUUGACUUGCUUAACUGAAGAAGAAGAAAUGCACAAGGGAAAUCUUCAAAGGGCAGUGUCUGUUUCCUCCAUGUCAGAAUUCCAGCGUUUGAUGGAUAUUUCUCCAUUCCUUCCUGAAAAGACUUUGCCUUCAUCUAGUAGUAAGGAGGAUAUAACACCUCCUCUGUCCCCUGAUGAUCUGAAAUACAUUGAAGAGUUCAACAAAAACUGGGAUUAUAGUAACACCAGGAUCCAUAGUGGGGUUACAGAAAAGCCUGCAGAAGCCUGGUCAGAAAGGACAGAGAUUAGGAAAGUAAGAAGUGAUUCAACUUCAGAUCCAUUCCAAGCAUCAUCAUGGUACCUUACCACCAGUGUUACUAUGACAACCAAUACCAUGACCAGCCCAGAGCCCUGCCAGAAGCAGCCACUGAGGAGUCACGUUGUAACAGAAAAAAUGGGGGUCAAGGUCUUUCACAGUCCACCAAUUAUCCGUAGGCUUGAUAACUCAGCGAUAGCCGGUAAUGGAGGGAAAAAACAGGUUGAGCCUGACUUUUUGUUUUCUGUGACCAAAGCUAAAGGGAGUGUGGGUGAGACAAAAGGUGCUUCCUCAGAUGUGUUUGGGAGAUGGUCUUGUGAUCUCACCAAACACCAUAAAGAUUUUUUGGAAAGUGGUCUUCAUCCUAUUGAGCAUCCUAUUUGCACUGCUGUGGGUUUUGCCUCGUCCUUGCAAACCUUGGAGCUGUCCAAGAACAUGAGUGACGAUAUGAAGGAAGUAGCUUACUCUGUCAGAAAUGCAAUACGUUCUAACUCUAAUUCGGCAGAGCCUCAGUUUAAGGAUAUAGCUUGUCAAACCAAUGGUAUAAGAACUACAGGGACACAGACCACCCAGACGAUCAGUGUUGGCUUGCAGACAGAAACCUUGCGCAGCAUCACCAGCAGUCCACACAAGUGUCUGACACCAAAGGGGGGCUCCACACCAAUCUCAUCACCAUCAAGAAGUUUAAGGAGCAGGCAGGUAGCCCCUGCCAUCGAAAAGGUCCAGGCCAAGUUUGAACGCACGUGCUGUUCUCCCAAAUAUGGUUCUCCAAAAUUACAAAGGAAAAUCCUUCCAAAAACAGAUCAGCCAAAUAACCGGACUUUACCAGGAAUGCCUCAGAAAGGAUUCAGUGAGUCUGCUUGGGCUAGAUCAACUACUACAAGGGAGAGCCCAGUUCAUACCACCAUCAAUGAUGGCCUCUCCAGUUUGUUCAAUAUUAUUGACCAUACCCCUGUUGUUCAAGAGACUCUUCAAAAAUGCGCCAGGUCUAGCAGCCGAUCUAGGUCAGCAGAACCCAGAUCAGAACUGGGGCCCAUGCAGGAAAUGUGUACAAGUGCCCGUGGCCGGUCACCCAGUCCUCUCCGUUUGGGCGCAGAGAUGGAAAAGGAAGAAGAGUCUGAGGCGACAAGUAUCAAACAGGAUUUAUCUGCUCCUCCAGUGUAUUCGCUUACAGAAAAUGCUGCCAGGAUCUUGAAUAAGAAACUUUUGGAGCAUACCUUAAAGGAAGAGAAAAGGUUAGCUUCAUGCAGCCCACCGAGUCUUAGCAAUGACAACAGCACAGGAGAAAUAGUCAAAGUAGAACCAGGGUCCAUUGAGAACCAAACUGUCUUACUAACUGCCCCCUGGGGACUCUAACCUUGCCUGCCUCACUGCUGUAAGUUCUUUCUACCUUGUUUCCACAACUGUCUGAAAGCUUUAGUUUUGAAACUUUGAGCUAGUGGAGAUAUGCAAGUAGCAAUAAAAACAACAAUACUUGAGGUAGCCAAGAACGUCCAAUAACAGCUGAUUCCUAUACAGUUCUGCCCUUCAAAUGUUUCUUUCUUUUUUGGAAUAGUACACUUCAAAGAUUGGCCUAUUCUGCCUUCUGCCAUCAUUAUGUUGGACCUGAACAUUGAUAGCUCCCAUUAGCUUCCUUGAGAUUUAAAGGGACACUGUCAGAUCAAAUUUAGCCCAAAAUUUUAAUUCUGUGAAAAUAAGCUUUUACAAACCCUAGGACCAAUAUAAAUGUAUCCAUAAUUCCCUCCUUUCCCCCACCCCCCUCCGCCCUGAUUUCCAAUUUUCUAACAAAUACUCACAAUCCUGCAGUGUUUUCAACAAUCUAAAAGUGAAACUGACUAGAAACAAAAAUUUGAAAUUAUAUAGCCCAUUUUUAUAAUCUAAGCUUAGAAACAUGAACAAUCAAUGAUCACAAUAAAUAACCAAGAGGAAAUGUCAUUUUUAUAACUGCAUUUUUUAUGAUCUAUGGUAGUUGCAUGACAUUUUGAUUGUUAAAAGUAAUAUUUUGGCAGUGUCCUUUUAAUUCUUUAAUUUCCUUCAUGCAUUCUAAGAGCAUAGACCUAUAAUUACGAUUAAUGUGCAUGUAAUUGUGACUCCUAGAAAAGAUUCAUUUUGCAGCCAACACAUUAAAAGACUGUGCUGCGAGUUACCUGUGUGCCCUGAAGCACCAGGGCUCGCUUGUGCAAAUUGUUUACCAUUGCUAUAAUUUUGACUCCCUUUCAGUUUGCUAAAAGCAAACAAAGAUAGACAAAUUAAAAGCUGCUAUUUCAAUAGAGACCAAGAUACAAGCCCAGAAAAACACAGCCUCAGCUCAUCCUGUUGUGCCUCCUGUAGGUAUUGGUGCACAGAGGGACUUCUGUUAGCAAGUGUCAGUACAGUGUGACAUACUGUGUGUUCCCUUAGGCACAACAAGAUAAGGUGAAGUAAGGACACAGAGACAGUAUCCUUACUAGUACUGAUUUAUACUUCAAUCUUAAUGUUGUUUUAACAGAGUGUUGUUUUUAAGUUUAGAGUUUAAAUGUUUGUCUGCAGGCGAUCGUAGGAUUCUUUGCUAACCAGGACUUAUGUCAUUCACAGUAUAGUACUGCUCUCCAGAAAUGCUGAGGGUGUCUCAGUAGAACAUGAUCUUAAACAGUAAUGUGGUAUUACUGAUCACCCUUUUAGCUGUCUGUUGUGUAAAGGCUAGGGGUUGGCCCUUCUCAGAGGCUUGCUGAGCUCUGGUGAUACUCUACUCCACAAUCUACAUAUGUAUAUGCCGCACACACAGGCAGUUUGAUGUCCUCUGGCUCUCUUGUUCUACAACAUUUAUCUUCCUUCCCAUUUUAUUGUCUGAGAUUCUUCUGUAUUACAUCAUCUUGCUUGAUCACUGCGUAUCAUAUCAUGAUACCUAAUUCAAUAUUUUGUUGUCACUUUCCUCUCUCUCUCCAUACAUAGCAUGGCAUGAUAUUACAUUUUUUACUUCCUAAUGUAUUGCUGUACUGGUUUGGGGGUUUUUUUUGGCUCAUCGUUCCCUUAGCAUCAUUUGAUUUAUAAGUUCUGCCUUCAUAUUUUGCCAGUUUGUAUUCAGAUUUUAUUAUUGUAACUUGCACAUAACCUUUUCAUCCUGUACAGUGAUCUCUCCUCAGUGUAUACAUUUCUACAUGUUGACAAACUCGGCUGAUUUGCUUUUAUAGUUUCCAAGCUAUUCAGUAAGCCUCAGAAAUUCAAGAUUUUUGCUUUGGUAGCACAAGGCAGCCAUGCUUCAUGUAAUCAGUCAACUUGAUAUAAUGGGCAUGCAAACUGUGCAUGAAAUCUAUCCAUUCUGUGGGAGAAGUCUAUCAAUAUUAGAAGUAAUUAUCAACGUUUAAAUAUAAAUAGGGUGCCAGUGUGAAAAAUCACCAGUGCUGUUUGUCUCUAAUUACACAUAAGGCCUACAGAUCCUGCUGCAGUGAGAAGAUAUUGUAGCAAAUUAAAUUUUCAGACCUGCAAAUUUUCAUCCUUUUUUUGAUUGUGGAUAUCCACCUUUAACCUACAGUACCACUGAAUUCCUGUAGCUCGGGCUCAGUCAGUUGGCAACAAGGAUUGAUACGUUAUAGAUAUUUGUUCAAAUUCUUAGGCAAGCCUCCUCUUUAAUGUACUUAGAAGCAGUAACUAGUCCCAUCUCAGUACUCUCCAGCUAAGCAAGUCUUUCCUGCAUUUCAGUCUGACCUCUGAAGCAGAGGAAUGCGCCUGUUUUCACCUCACUUGCAAAUGCAAUACCUGGCACUUUGCUUCCAGUUUAGCAUUUUGAAGCAAUGUGAUGGAUAGUGGGGUUUAUUGAAUUAUCAUGCAAAUAUACCUUUCAGUUCUUCUUCUUUGUAGCCCAAGGAAUAUUAGCAAAUGGAAGUUUGUCAGCUGCUUCAGUUCACCAAAACCUUCUCUCUUUCCUUCUUUCCUUUUCUGUUCCAUCAGUCACAGACAUAAAUGUAGAUAUUUUUGUGUGCAGAAAAGUAUGUUGCUUGGUUUUGUUCCCUCUCACAAGAUGGUUAGUUAUAAUUUGUUUUUUGUUUUUUUGCACAUGUAAAUGGGCCAUAUACGAGUCACUAAUAUUUUUUCCAUCUG